AUGACGAUGGUCCCCCUGGACCCCUCGUCCAAGCCCACGUCGCAGCGUCGCAUCGCGGAGGGCGACACGGUCGUGGUGUACGAGCGCCACGACACGAUGCGCGCCGUCGCGGUGCGCGCCGGCGGCGUGCUCCAGAACCGGUUCGGCGUCUUCAGCCACGACGACUGGAUCGGCCGCCCCUUCGGAUCCAAGGUAUUCGGCGGCGGAGGAGGUAGUAGUAAGGGCGGCGGAGGCGGAGGCAAGGCGGGCGGUGGUGGGUUCGUGCACCUCCUGGCGCCCACCCCGGAGCUCUGGACUCUGGUGCUCAGCCACCGCACCCAGAUCCUUUACAUCGCCGACAUCAGCCUCGUCGUCGCCUACCUCGAGCUUGUACCUGGUUGCGUUGUGCUCGAGUCUGGUACGGGUAGCGGGUCGCUCACCACUUCGCUGGCACGCGCCGUCGCGCCGCAUGGCCAAAUCCACACCUUUGAUUUCCACGAGCAGAGGGCCGCCUCAGCUAGGGAAGACUUUGAGAAGAAUGGCUUGAGCAGCCUCAUCACAGUCAAUGUGAGGGAUGUACAAGGGGAAGGAUUCCCAGAGGAACAUUGUGGUGCUGCUGAUGCUGUCUUCCUGGACUUGCCCCAGCCUUGGCUUGCAAUACCAUCUGUUGGGUUGAUGUUAAAGAAAGACGGUGUUCUAUGCUCGUUUUCGCCUUGUAUUGAGCAAGUGCAGCGUGCUUGUGAAGCCAUGAAAACAUCUUUCACAGAUAUUAGAACCUUUGAGAUUCUUCUUCGCAAUUAUGAAAUACGCAACGUUGCUCUGAAGAGUGUCACCUCGGACGAGGCAUGUGUGGGGCCUCUACCGCAGAAAAGAAGAAUGUUGACAGCCCCAGGUGAAAACACAGACUGCUCACAAAGGAGUUCCUCCAUUUUGGUUAGGCCAUGCAGCAGUGCUAAAGGGCACACUGGGUACUUAACCUUUGCAAGGCUUUGCGUGUAA